AUUCUGUGUAGUGCAUGCAUAUAUUUAUUCAAUACAAACCUGACAUCUUUUUAUAUCCACAGAGCUCUCGGGUUCAUCUCAAACUUUGACACUUUAUAACAGCAAUGACAUAUUGUGUGCUUGUCUGUCUACUUUUUUUCUGUGGAGUCCUUCCAAAAGCUCUAACAGCAGUGAUCCAAACACAGCAGACUGUGCUGGCAGCAGUGGGAGAAGAUGCUGAAUUCAGCUGUCAGCUCUCAGAGACUAAAGACAUCCUUCAGGUCACAUGGCAGAAAAUCUCACAUGAUGUGGAGACAAAUGUUGCCACCUACAACAAGCAGUUUGGUCAGAGAGUGAAUGAUGGCUUUACAGAUAAAGUUGGGUUUAAACAUACUGGACUACAGAACUGCUCCAUAGUCAUCAGGAAUGUCACGGAGCAGGAUGAAGGAUGCUAUCACUGUCUGUUUAACACUUAUCCUGAAGGCUCCUUCAUUGGUAGAACCUGCCUCCAAGUCUAUGAGCUGCAUGAACCUGUUGUUGAUGUCAGUGAGUCAAACUCUACUGAAGAGUGGGUUGUUUCCUGUUCAGCCACUGGUCGACCUGCUCCCACUGUAACACUCAGUGUCUCACAACAAGACCUCAGCUUCUCACAGUACAACACUGUCAGUGUGUCCAACACCAACGCUACAUUCACUGUCACCACUACAGCUGUGCUCUCAGGUUCAUGUAAACACAGCACACAGGUGGGAUGUGCAGCACGAGUGCUCUCUGCUCCUCACAGAGAGGUGAUGGUGAUGAUUCCUGAGGUCCAGCAGGUGUAUGCUGCUGCUACUGCUGAUUAUAAUGAUUCCACCUCAGCCAUUGUAAUAGCUACAAUAGCAGGACUGACAGUUUUUUGCUUUAGUAGCUGCUCUCACUGCACUCCUGCUUGAAGAAAAAGUGGCCUCCAAAUUCAGGACCUCAGCCCUUUAGAGCAGCUGUGGGAUGUAUUGGAACAGGAGAUCAUCAUCCUGUGUGUGGAACAGACUUCAGCAACUGUGUGAUGCUAUCAGCUAUCAUUUGUGUGUGCAUGCUCAAUCCUCACAGGCUAGUCUAACAGUGUUUUACUACUUUUUAUUGUAUAGACAGAUGAAACCAUUGAAAUAGGUCGUGAAUUAUGUAGGCAAUUCAAUUCAAUUCAAUUCAAUUCAAUUUUAUUUAUAUAGCGCCAAAUCACAACAACAGUGGCCUCACAGCGCUUUUUAUCUUAGAAGAUGUGAUCACCAAACUGGUCCUCUCAAAAAGCAAAACAUCAUCCACUGUAACGUGUGUCUUUUCGUUUUAGUUCAUUAAGUAAUAAAAAAAAUUCUGGUGAUCACAUAGCACCCCUCCUCUUCAGUCUUUCAGUAGCAUUCACAUCAGUUCCACUUCCUUUUUCUAAACUAUAGUGACCACAUAGAAAGCACAGACUUGUACUUCCAGUUACAUGAAAACCUUUUCAAUUUUUUCUCUUCCUGUUAGAAGUUCAGUCUUUUAAGGUUAAGCCCUCAAAACUUUAGUAAAACCUUCUUCAGUCCCACAAAUCUGCUAAAAACUGAAUAGAAUAACCUUUACAUAAACAGUUUUUUGUUUUUGUUUUUAGUGCUGUGCUGUUGUCAGUUUUCAUUUUCUUUCUAUAAUGUUCAUAUUUCUGAUAUUCUGACAUUUUAAACAGGAUUUCUUCUUGUCUCCAUUUGUGGUUUGUAUUGAAAGUCAGACUGAAGCAAAGCAUAACUCUAACUUUGUUGUUUUUUCUUUUGUUGUUACCUGCUAAACCAAGUGAUGUAUACCAGUUAUAUUUUAAUAGCCAGAAUAAAAACAGAUCUUAUGCAUAAAUGGGGAAUGAAUCACAAAGACUAUAUUAAGAUCUUCACAGAUGAACUUGUUUUUAAUUCUGUAUUUUUAUAAUUAUUCUAGACUGCAUGCUGCCACUUCCCUGUUUGGCUUUUCUUGUUGCUAUUUAUGCACACCCAGCAUUAAGACUCUUACCUGCUGUUUGCCAGUCUCGUCAAAACAUGUCAGACAGCCAAACAUAAUAAUGCACCUCUUCAUUAAAUCCUGACAGCUAAUCUUUAGUACCAAGAGGGUUUUGCUGGUGUAAAGUGUUAAUUAAUCGGGCCGUUAUUAUUGCAGGUCACCUCAUUAUAGAUGUAUUUAGAUUCAUUACACCACAAACCAAUUUCAUGUAGUUGGGUUUUGUUCUUCUCGCAGAUCUGUAAUAUAUAACAUUGAAAUGUCUGUAAAAAUACAACAAUUACUGAGACUCAGAAAGAUAUGAAGUGUCCUAAAUGAAUAUCCAAAUCUUAUAUUACGCAACACUGACUUUAAUAAAUUGCAGAAUCACAGGAAAACAAAAGCGCGUUCACUCGCGUGUCAAGAGUGUAGUCUGAAUUCAAUACUCGUAUGAAUCCGGAUCUAACGGUAAAUUAUGUUUUAUGUUUUUCUGCACUCCGUACUCGUCAGCUGUUACACAGAUUUCAGGUUUACAUGGUGGAUUAGUUGUAAUAAAGCGGCUUUUCUCUAGAUCAGGGGUGUCGAACUCCAGGCCUCGAGGGCCGGUGUCGUGCAGAUUUUAGGUCAACACACCUGAAUCAAAUGAUGAGUGAAAUGGAGGCAUGUGAUCCUUAAAAGGGAGCCAGAGAAAGAAGGAAUAAAUAAAUACAUAUCAGUUUUAUAUUUGAAUAUUUUAUUCAUAUGACCCAGACUCAAGAGCUACACAGUUAACUACGUAGCGAGACAGAAAUGUGGCUUCUUUUUCAAGUAGAGGGUAUUACAGAAUUACAAUUACCAAUAGAUGAAGAACCUUUAUUGAAUUUUCAACAUCCAGAAACAUUAUGAUUAAAUGGGAAUAUUGAAAGAUUUCAGUCCAGCAAGGAACUGAAAUCUUGAACAGGAUUGUCCUGCACUUUGAAGUCUUUGGACUUUAGUCCUUGUCACAGGGUGGAAUUGACAUGUUUUAACUUGGUGUUUUUAAUCAUUUUGCAUGGGUUGCUGUGUUUUAUCAUUUCUAAUCUUUUAAUAAUGCACAGUGUUUUAGAAUAGAAUAGAAUAGAAUUCAACUUUAUUGUCAUUGCACAUGUCACAGGUACAGGGGAACGAAAUGCAGUUAUUCUUAUUCUUAUAGUUUUGUUGCAUGCUUUUGUUGUGUAUAUUUGUCUUGUUCCGGGGAGAUCCCUCCCGCCCCCUACUGAUCACUAAUUCGACACACCUGAUCGGCCAUGCUUGAUAGUACUGCAACCAAUCAGGGCUCCCCUUUUGGUAGCCGAAGGCUCAUCCGUCCCGCCAAGAGGGCCUGGUGGGAUGAGAUCAGAGCUCUGCCCUUUCAGAAGCUGGAGCGAAGUGGCGGGAGAGGACGUCUGAGGACGCCGGCGGCUUGGAAUUUUUAACAUACUUUUUAUUGGACUUUUUAUUGGUUUUAAUUCACUUGAACUUUUACUCGGGUUGUUUUGUACAUUUAAAUUCUUGUUGUC